CAGUGAUCCACCGGCAUCAUGGCUUCCAUACUGGAGAGGAAGUGAUUUUAGUACACCCUAGAAGAAUUAGACAUUUUAGCAUUGAAAAUCUAACCGAGUGCUGCUCUUUCCAGACGCAGCGUGGGACAGAGGGGCAGGGGCUCUCCCUCCUUACCCCGGGCCUCCCCUAAAACCGGGAUAUAUUUUAAUUUUAUUGUGAAUUUGCCUUCAUAAAUCGAGAAAGAUGGCGGAGGUACCGGCGGAGUGCACCAUCAAAGUGAUGUGCCGUUUCAGGCCCCUGAACAGUUCCGAGGUGACCAGAGGGGAUAAAUACAUCCCGAAGUUUCAAGGGGAAGACAAUGUUGUCAUCGCGGGCAAGCCCUACAUGUUUGACAGAGUGUUCCAGUCCAACACGACACAGGAACAAGUGUACAAUGCCUGCGCUCAGAAGAUUGUCAAAGAUGUGCUGGAAGGGUACAACGGGACAAUAUUCGCUUACGGACAGACAUCAUCCGGCAAGACACACACCAUGGAGGGGAACCUCCAUGACACAGAUGGGAUGGGUAUCAUCCCCAGGAUCGUCCAGGACAUCUUCAACUACAUCUACUCAAUGGAUGAGAACCUGGAGUUCCAUAUCAAGGUUUCAUAUUUUGAAAUUUACUUGGACAAGAUCCGGGACCUUUUGGAUGUGUCAAAGACCAACCUGUCCGUGCACGAAGACAAAAACCGAGUACCGUAUGUGAAGGGCUGCACCGAGAGGUUUGUCUGCAGCCCUGAGGAAGUCAUGGACACCAUUGAUGAAGGAAAAUCGAACCGACACGUAGCAGUCACAAACAUGAACGAGCACAGCUCCCGCAGUCACAGCAUCUUCCUGAUCAACGUGAAGCAGGAGAACACUCAGACGGAGCAGAAGCUCAGUGGGAAGCUCUACCUGGUGGAUCUGGCUGGCAGCGAGAAGGUCAGUAAGACGGGAGCAGAGGGAGCAGUGCUGGAUGAGGCCAAGAACAUCAACAAGUCUCUGUCCUCCCUGGGCAACGUCAUUUCUGCCCUGGCCGAGAGCUCGGCGUACAUCCCCUACAGAGACAGCAAGAUGACCCGUAUCCUGCAGGACUCCCUGGGGGGGAACUGUCGAACCACCAUCAUCAUCUGCUGCUCCCCCUCCUCCUACAAUGAGUCGGAGAGCAAGUCCACCCUCAUGUUCGGACAGAGAGCGAAGACCAUCAAGAACACGGUGUGUGUGAACGUGGAGCUGACGGCCGAGCAGUGGAAGAAGAAGUACGAGAGGGAGAAGGAGAAGAACAAGACCCUGCGCAGCACCGUCACCUGGCUGGAGAACGAGCUCAACCGCUGGAGGAACGGAGAGAGCGUGCCGGUGGACGAGCAGUUCGACAAGGAGAAGGCCAACGCAGAGGUGCUGGCCCUGGACAACGUCCCAAACGACAAGCCCGCCUCCACGCCCAACGUCCCGGGGGUCCGUCUGACGGACGCAGAGAAGGGCAAGUGUGAGGCGGAGCUUGCUAAGCUGUACAACCAGCUGGACGACAAGGACGAUGAGAUCAACCAGCAGAGUCAGCUGGUGGAGAAACUGAAACAACAGAUGCUGGACCAGGAUGAGCUGCUGUCGUCGUCUCGCCGCGACCACGACAACCUGCAGGGGGAGCUGAACCGCCUGCAGGCGGAGAACGAGGCGUCCAAGGAGGAGGUGAAGGAGGUGCUGCAGGCCCUGGAGGAGCUGGCCGUCAACUACGACCAGAAGAGCCAGGAGGUGGAGGACAAGACCAAGGAGUUCGAGAUGCUCAGCGACGAGCUCAACCAGAAAUCGGUACGAGGCUGUGUCUCGUUGUUAGCAGCUUGUCUGGUUUGUCACUCCCAGCUGGUCCGUGACAAUGCUGACCUGCGCUGUGAGCUCCCCAAGCUGGAGAAGCGUCUGCGGGCCACGGCGGAGCGUGUCAAGGCCCUGGAGACGGCCCUGAAGGAGGCCAAGGAGAACGCCGCCCGCGACCGCAAGCGCUACCAGCAGGAGGUGGACCGCAUCAAGGAGGCCGUGAGGGCCAAGAACAUGGCCAGGAGGGGGCAUUCUGCUCAGAUCGCCAAACCCAUCCGCCCAGGGCAGCCCCCCGUGGCGUCCCCCACGCACCCCAACGUGAUCCGCAGCGGAGGGGGCCUCUACCAGAACAGCCAGGCUGUGGCCAUCAGGGGCGGAGGAGCCAAGCAGGACAAGAACAGCUGAAGACGGGAGGAUGACUCGCAUCAUCAUUGGAGGAGUGGCUUCUAUCACCAUGACAACCCGUCAUUCCAUCACACAGUGACCCACAGCCCCCUGCCAGCCCAGGCCUUGGUCUGGGGGGAGGAGUUUUGAAUAUAAAUAUAUAAAUAUUCAUGACCUGUACAGAUCUCCCCUCCGUGUUUCCUCCUCCUCUCUCUCUGUCCAUCUCUCCCCCCUCCCCCCCAUCUUUUUCUCUCUGUCUGCAACUAUACAAAAAAAAAAAGAAGAAAUGGGAUUUAAUAUUCAGUGAAACACAAGACCUUGUCAUCCAGCACAGAGCAGAGCACAGUCUUGGCCAAAGGAUCCACGUAUAUUUGACCUGAUGUGUAGCUUUGUUUCGUUGCACAGUUUGUCCUAAGUAGUCUGCUGUACCAAGCUGAAUGUACUAUACUGAUGUCUGAAUAAGAAAAUUAGACAACAAAAAAAAAUCUUUAAUACAGCAGGAGAAAAUCCUACCACAUGUUCUGUCGAGGCUAACCUGUACAUUUUAUCAUUCUUUUUUUGUUCUUUAUUUUGGUUGUAUCACACUUUCUCUGGGUAGAUUUUACAUGCUUCUUAAAAAAAAAAAAAAAAAAAAAAUACGGUUUGAAUUGACUAGUUGGCAUUGAGCACUACUUGUCCUGUCCUGUUGUACAGAUGGAAAACUUCACUACAGCGCCACAUACUUCCUUAAGAGGUGUUUGGGUUUGAAAAUGCCAAGACGUGCAGCAGUAAAUGUAUUUAACUUGAGUACCUGUGGAGGCCAAUGUUUCUAUCGUUAAAAUAUAUAUACAUAUAUAUAUAUAUAUAUAUAUAUAUAUAUAUUAAAAAAGCAAAUGAAAAUUGGUGGUCACAAGAAAGAGGCUAAGCAGUGGGGGUGUGUGAAGUGGUGAGAGAAUGAUCCGGAUGAAACCCUACCUUUAUCUCAACCUAUUCCAAGUCGAUUAAUGAACCGUUUUACUCCUGUGGUUUCAAAUGCAGUGUUGCUGAUAAUCUGCUCCUAGACAAGGGGUAGACUGAGAUGGUGCACGCGCUUGUCCUGUCCUAGCUUUGCCGUUUUCACACACAAACGUUCUCUUGAGAGAAGUAGAAUUUGGUUUUGGCUUAUGGCUGGAACCAUUUUAAGUGUAAAAUAGCUUCUCAGUAUAUAACUGUUUGUUUUUUUAAAUCUAGGGUGCCUCACUUUAGAUCCCCCCCCACAAUUCCUGAAUACAACCUUUAUGUUGAAAGUAGAUUUAGUCAACAGUUGCUACCUACCUGUUAACCUUUUCUACUGGAAGUGCAUUUGAAUGAAAGGCAGCAUUGGAUUGGCCCCGGCCCUUGCCACUGAUCAGCCAAUCAGGUGAAGCAGGGCUAUGGGCAAGGCAAUUAAGUUAUCAAUUGGAAAAGCUUCCUUUAAGUAUGACCUUGAAAUACUAAACUAAAAGUUUGUUAUAGAGUUUGGUAGGAUUUAGUAUGCUGGCCAACAAUCUAGGGAACAGAUGCCCCCUCUCACCUAUUGUUGUCCUGUCAAAUCUGAAGCCUUUGCAAAAACUGCAGUGAUACAAAGCAUGAAACCAUCUUGUGAGUGCAAUAUAGGCAUACAAAUAUUGUAUAGCCACGAUUGUUAGGUAUGACCAGGAUGAGGUGUGUUUUGUUCCGUUUUUAUAGUCUGCUACGACAAGCCCUUUCAGAAUUUAACUUUUAUUGUUUCGUCUUGAAUAUGUAGGCUAUUUAAUUAAUAACAUUUGAGAAUUCUUCUGAAACAUCGGACCUGUGUUUCGAAUACACUCCAAGCCCCUUGUCUUGAGGGAGAGAAAUUGUAAACUAUUUCCAAAAAGCCUGAUAGCGGAAUGGUGUUACUAUGUUUACAUGAUCGGUUUAGCGUUAUUAUGUAGAGGCUAGAAUUGGAGGCGUUGCCCGAAACUGCGUCAGGACAGCGCUGUGUCCAUCCCGUCUUUCUCAAUGUAACUUCAGAGCAGUACACUCGCAGUAUGGUCUUCAUACCCCGUCUUAACCUGCCCGUGGUCCCACUUUAAGUGAUAUGAAAUGGGAUGAGGGGAGGAGGUAAACCACAUUCACCUGUUCAUGGUAUGACACCAAAUUAAAUUAGUUUGCAUUGAUUCUAAAGAAAGAAAGAAAAAAAACCGCGUAGCCACUUUUUAUUACUGUGUAAUAGUUGCUCAAUUCCUAAUUGACAGUAAGGAUUU